AUGAAAAUAUCAAUACAUCAGAAGCCUUACGUCGUUGCCGUUAUCUUGGGAGUAGUUUGCCUCAGCUCCGCCUUCCCCUACGCCUAUCCCAAUUUUGGCGUUGGUGGGGGCUCCGUUGGGGGCGCCUACGGCGGAUCCUUCGGGGGUAGCAAUCCCUUUGGAGGCAGCUACGGUGGGAACUACGGUGGAGGGUUCGGUGCCACCCAGGGAGGACUGGGUGGGUUCGGUGGAGCCGGUGGAAGCAGCUACGGCGGGGGAUACGGCGGAAGCUUCGGUGGUAGCAAUCCCUUUGGAGGCAGCUACGGCGGCAACUACGGAGGUGGCGUCGGUGGGACUGGCGGCUACCUCUACGGGUGAACCUCAAGGAAAAUACCAAAGUCUUUCAGUGUGAAUGCGACUCGGCGUGACUGAAACUUGCGAGUAUGGAUCUCCUCAAUGAACAAUGGCAAUAAAAUCGCGAGUGUGAAAGGACACACGACA